GUGGUCAGGCCAUUAAAAAAAAUAGAUAUAUAUUAUAUAACAUGAGUCUGUAAGUUCUAUCCAUCGAAAUUGCCCCAAAAUUGGGCGUGCCAGUUCAGAUGGCCGAUGAGCAGAAGCUGAACACCUUCAUGAAGCGCUAUGGCGUAGAGAAGGAGGUAGCUCGUCGGUAUUUAAGCUCCAACAACUGGUCUCUGGAGGUGGCCAGUAAUAGCUACGAGUCCGAGAUGCAAACAGAGAAAUCCAAAACCACAGAAGUUCAGGAAAGACCAACCACACAGGAGGAUAGCCAAAGGGACCUCCAAUCACUAAUAAGUCAACAUUCCCGUAAGCGGGAGGUUGACCAAACUGGCUACCAGGCUGGCACUUCGAAUGACUCCAACUCGGACAAUGAACCCACCGUGGAAAAGCAUGUGGCCAUCGGCAACUCCACACCCGCCCUGACCACCAUCGACAGCGAUCGGAGUUUGCGAAUCUGGGGCCAUGGUGUGCCUCUGGGCAGUGCUCACCCCUUCAAUCCGCCGCCAGCGCGUCGGCCAGGCGAGGACUCGGACAACGAGAACACCGAAGAUGAGCAUACCAUAGUGGUGUUACACCUCUGGUCCGAGGGUUUCUCCCUAGAUGAUGGGUCCCUCAGGCUCUAUACCCUGCCCGAGAACGAACGCUUCCUACGCGCUGUUCUCCGUGGAGAUUACCCCGAAGAGAUGCUGGACCAUAACCCCCGGCUACAGCUCAGCGUUCAGAAUCACACAAAUGAAUCCUUUCGCAACCUAUCGCGAAAGCAGUUUAUGGGGCCAGGUCGAUCCCUGAGCAGUCCCACUCCCCGGAUUGCUGUAGGUGGCACCUCGCAGGUGCAGUUGCCAGUUGCGGUGCAAGUCAACGAGGGAGCAGCCAUUACUGUCGUUCAGCUAAGACUUGCCGACGGAAGCCGCGUAACUGGACGCUUUAAUCUCACCCACAACAUAGGAGAUUUGUAUCGAUAUGUACGACUGGCCAGGCCACAGUAUUCCUCGAGGAACUUUGUCCUGAUGACGGCCUUUCCCCGCCAAGAGCUCCUCGAGACGGACACACGCAGCUUGGUGCAGGCCAAUCUGUGCAAUGUGGUGGUCAUACAGCACCUGAACGAUGACCAGGCAACGCAGCUAUCCAGUGAUAAUUCCGAGCUUAUACCGAAAUCAAAGUCUAUCUAGGAAUGGGGUUACUCUUAGGAUGUUUAGGUGUUUGAAAAAGUGAAAUAAAAAUUUAAUAUAUGCCAUUUAAGACAUUUUAA